AUGAUGCAUAAUUAUCGGCGAGGACACGACUUAACGGAGGGUCCACACCGUUUGGGAACAUUUGACCAUAUUCCAUUAUCCAGUCGAAGUACAAAUAGUCAUUUAGAACCCUGGCGAUCAACAGAUCGAGCCGGUUCCUCAUUAUUAUCAACAACGAUACCAAAUAUUCACAAUCAUGAUUUAUCACAUGCAUUGCGCAUUGAUGCCCAGUUGUUGGCUGUUUUUGCUCGCACAGAUGAUAAAAGAAAUACGUUUUAUUCCGCUGAAAUUGUUACAAAACUACGUCAGAAGGAACAAACACAAAGUUUUAUGAAUAAACCCUGUUCAUUAUACAUAACCGAUCGAUAUUUAUUGAUUUAUGAUAAAUUAAACAAUAUUAUUGCUGAACAAAUUCCUGUAGAGAAUGUUGAUCCAGCAUGUGUACAUGCUGAUGUACCCGACACACUAAAUGACAUAUUUAUGUUCAGACAGACAGAUGGAUCAAAUAAUCCUCAAUCGACUGUUGUUGUCUUCAAAUGUAAUAAUAAUGAAGCUAGAACUUUGGUUGAUAGUAUCAGAAAUGCGUCUGGAAAACCAUUAAAACAUCCAAAAAGUGCCAGAUCUGGUCCACCAACAGUUGAUCGUCGUUUAAAUGAUUAUAAUGGAAGUAGUGGCGGAGCUUUUACCGAUCGUCAUUCGUUAUCAACGAUAGAAAAACCACGUUAUCCACCAAAUACAGGUUUAACUAAAAUUUAUUUAUUCAAUCUAUGUGAUGUCUAUGUACGUGGUCCACAAUAUAAUUCUUCUCAAGAAUCAAAUGUUUUAUUGACCACAAUAAAAUCGUCUAAUACUACAACUUUGGCUACAGCUGAUUAUUAUAAACGUUUAACAGAAGAAUUAAAUAAAUGUUUUGAUGAUAUCGAAUUAUUUGUACGAUAUUUAGAAGCAUUAUUUGAAUAUACAAAAGAAUUGGAGAGAGAUAGACGAAAAGAUAAAAAAUCAAUUGCAGGUCUCAAGCAAAUGAUUGAAAAGAUUCCCGAUGAUCGUUAUUUUAUCGAUAUAUUACAAAAAUUUAAACAUUCUUUUAAUUUAUUGGGAGAAUUAAAACAUAUCAUACAUAAUCCAAAUGCACCAGAAUUAAUACAUUAUCUACUAUCGCCAUUACAAUUCAUUUUAUAUACAUUACGUAACAAACAUGUUAAACAAUUACAAGUAGCCAAAGAUAUAUGGAGUCCAGCACUGAAUAAAGAAGCAAGAGAAUUAUUAUUAAAUUGUUUAACAUCAAAAGAACAUGAAAUAUUAAGAAAUUUAGGACCAGCUUGGAUCAGAACAGCUGAAGAUAGUCCACAAAAAGUUUCUGAUUAUCGUCCAGUAUUUUUCGAAGGACGUGCUGUAUGGGUUCAAGAUUCAUCGUUUGAUCAGGCUCCUCAAUCUUCACGUACUGAAAGAGAUCGUAGUCAAAUAACACAACAUCCAUUUAAUUAUCUCGAUGAAAGACAAUCAGCAUGGCCAACAAAUAUACCUGAUAACCGACAGCAAGCUAAUGAUCUUAUUUUAACACGUCAACCAACGUUAUCAAAUGACAUUAAUCAAGCCUAUUUCAAUCGAAUAAAUAAUAAUAACAAUAAUAAUAAUAAUGGUGCAUCGUCUCAAAAAUUAAUUAUUCAACAAAAUUCAUCGUAUCGUUCAAAUAUUGACAAUAGUCAAUUAUUACCAUUUUCUCAACCAAUACCGUCACCCAACUUAUUGAAUGUUAAUUUAUCUCAACAACAACAACAACCACAAACAAGAAAAUUUGAGCCGCCAAUAGUUGAUCAACAACGAAACGGUAUUCAAACAAACACUAACAAUACAAAUUCUCAAUUAAAUAUUAUGGACCAUUAUAGUUCACAAUUGCGUACAGAACGUGCGUGGGCAAUUGAUAGAAAAAGACAAGGAGCACAAAUAUGUCGUGUAAAAAUGGAUCGUAAAGGUCAUAACUCAAAAGAAUUAACGGUACGACGUGAAGAGUUAGUUGAAAUUGAAGAUAAUAGUAAAAAAUGGUGGCGUGUGAAAAAUUUUCGACAGGAAGUUGGACAUGUACCACAUAAUCUAUUAGAAGAAAUUGAAAUUGAACAAAGGCCAAUAAAAACUUCGCUAUCGAAUUAUAAUACUUCAUUAUCAUCACCAGGUACAGAUUUAAAUCAUCCUUUAACAAAUUUAAAUAGUCCUUUUGCUAUCCAAUCACCGUUAUUUACUCAAAAUCAAACUCCGACAUCAACUCGUUCAGAAAGUAUCAAUGACUUUUAUUCAAUCAAUUGGUUAAACAAUAGUCAAUCUUAUAUAAAUGAUAAAGAGGAUGGAUCAAAAUAUUUUCAGUAUCUUCAUCAUUCACCAUCGUACAGUGAUUUUGUUAUGCAAUCAAAUAACAGUCCAUUAACGCCGGUCAAUAUGAAUAAUAAUCAUUAUGGACAUCCACCUGAACCACCAGCAUUUUCAUCGAAUUUUCUCAUACACCCACCAACACCGACACUAUCAUAUAAUGGUGGCGGCACAUGGCAAAAUGAAAGUCGAACUGUAACAUCAAAUUCACAUGCCAUUGAUGAAUUACAUGAAGAAUUACUGCAACGAAUAAAUGAUCGAACCGAAAAUUCGAACGUCUAUUUAAACCAAUACUCAACCGGUGAAGAUGUACAGAGAUGGUUGAGAAUAAAAAACUUGUCUGAAAAUGUUAUGCACAAGUUAUAUGGUUUCGAUGGUUCUGCGCUUUUUAACAUAUCAAAAAAGAACUUGGAGAAAUUAAUAAAUCGAAAAGAUGCUGCAAGAUUGUAUACACUAAUAUCAAACCAAAAGAAAAUAUCUGGAUUUCAAGGUAGUUCAACUGGCCAUCUUUCUCAAGAUCGUCGUCGUCUAAUAUCAGACACGGGCUUAGGUUCAUUACAAUCGAGUCUGAAAGCAUCAAGUACAAGUAAUGAUGCUGAUGAUGAUUUUUCAUUUUCAGAAGAUGCUUUUAGUAAGACGCUAAAAUUGAAGUUGAAACAACGCCGUGAUAAAAUUGAUUUGGCUGAAGAAACUGAUCGAACUCUGUUAUAA